GGAGUCACUCGGAGGAGGUCAGGUUCCCACAGAUGCCUGAUAGCCUGGAAGCAGGUUUCCUGACUUAGCCCAAGUAACCCUUAGGAGAGAUGAAUUUGGUCAUUCCUGUGUGAAGGCUGAAGAAGAGAUGCCCUCCUUGCAGAGCUCCCAUGAACCAAAGGCCAAAAUAUCCAACAGAGUGACUCAUGUGCCUCUCUGUCACAGGAUGUGUGAAAGAUAAAGAGAAGGCAGUCUCCUGAAAGCAAGGUUUGUCACUGGUUCCGCCACUUGUACAACAUGGCUGUUUUCUUCUCCCGUACACUCAACAAAGGGAAUGGAGAGGUAGACAGAAAUACUUUCAACAUUUUGCACUGCCUUUGGUAAAGCAGAAAGAUGGAUGUAAGAAGCAUGAACACUGAAAGAUUCAAGCACUCUUUAAGGACCAAUGUACCCUGUAGCUCAUGGAAGAAAAAAAUCAAACCAGGACAUCCUUGGUUUCCAGGCUACCGAAAUAUGGAACGAAAACUUUAGGAAGUGUCUUGCAACCUAUGCCAAAUGGGUCGGCUGUUAAUUUAGCAGGCAAUAAUGGUGGCAAAAAUUUCAGCAAGCACAACGGCACUGUUCGCAUGUCUUCCUUUUCUUUCAACUGGAGAAAAUCAAAUAAACAUCAACUUCAUGAUCAAAAUGGGAGAGAGACCAAUUCCAAACAUAAUUCUAAUGAAAAACUAAUUGAUUCUGAGAAGUAUUCUCCAUCUCAAGGAGCACUGAGUAAUGAUGUGCUCAGGGUGGGUUUGAACAGUACUGCUUCAGUUGCAUCAAAAACAGUAAAGCAAAACAAUAUGUUUGUAUCUUCUACAGAGGAAUUAAACCCAAAGUCUUUGCCUGGACUCCCUAGUUCAGCAAAAUUUGCCAAAGGUACCCUGUCAGGAAGGACCUCAUAUUCUGGACUCAGUGCUCCAAAAUCACACUUAAAUGGAUUUUAUGGAAAUAGGCCAGUGGUAGGUUUGCAAAGACCUAGAGCUAAUUCCAGUGCCACAAGGACAAGUUCAGGAGAAAGCCUUGCACAAUCUACAGACAAUAACAAGCCUUUUUCCUGUGAAAAAAUGGUAAGAUCACAAAGUUUUUCACAUUCCAUUCAGAAUUCCUUCCUCCCCACUGCAUCUUUAACCAGGUCACAUUCCUUUAAUAAAGCUGUGGAUCUGACAAGGCCUUAUAGUCAAAAUCUAGCUGUUAGGACAUCUCAGAGGUCAUCUCUGUUGUCAAGAAAUGCACGACAGUUGGAUGUACCCAAUGGAAAUGAACCUAUGAAGUACGGAUUUACCAGACCGUACUCUGGUAUAUCAGCUCCUGCUUCAAAGAAACCCCCACUGUCAAACGGAUCUGGGUCCACACCGUCUUUUGGAUACAGAUUAAGUCGACCUUCUUUGCUGAAGCCUACUAGGCAGCGAUUUGCUGGAAAUAUCAUUGUGGAUGGUGGCAAAACUACAACUCCUGACACGUGUAUAGUGGAGAACUCUGAAAUUUCAACAAAUAUUAAUCGAGCAAUUGACAAAAAUAGCAUUAUAGAGUGCGAUGCUCACAGAACAGAAUCUGUUGAUGGCCUCCAUGAAAGCAUGGGAAAACAUGGGUCAAAUGUCAUGUGUAUGAGUGAUGAUGGAGAUGAAAUAUCUAUAUCUUCUUUGUCAUCCUCGGAAAAAAAUGAUUUGAGUGAAGACUUCAGUGAUGACUUCAUAGAUAUAGAAGAUCCAAAUAGAACUAUGCAAGUACAGCAAAAGGAGAGCCGCGUUCAAGAGUUAGAGCAUGGGAGCAUGACAUCGAUAGAGCCGUUCACUUCUCUCAAGGAAAGUGGAGGAUCUUGCUGUAAUGCUGAUGACUGGCUUGAUAUAAAUAUGUCUGCAGUGGAUGACAACAGUGAAAGUACAAAGAAUACCGCUGAGAGUGUGAUUUCUCCAGAGAUGAAUUACAGAGCUGGGUCCUCUUUUGAGCUUUCUCCAUCUGAUAGCUCUGAUGGCACAUAUAUGUGGGAUGAAGAAGGGCUGGAACCUAUUGGAAGUGUCCAUCCAUGUGGAAGUUAUGAGUCUUCAGAAAUGAACAGCAUAGAUAUCUUGAAUAAUCUCGAUUCAUGUGAUCUUGAAGAUGAUGAUCUCAUGCUCGAUGUGGACCUACCUGAGGACCCACCUCAUGACAAAGAGGAAUGUGAAAAUAUGAGCCGUUAUGAUAGACAAGACAGAAAUGCUAGACUACAUCAGGAAGAAUUCUGGAAAAGAGCACCACAACAACGAUGGAAUGCACAGGAUCACUAUCAUCUUGGCCAUACUGAGCACUAUAUUCAUGGCAAAAAUGAUUUGAACAGGGGAUCAAGCUACCUAGAGUCUCCUGUUGGUCACUUUGAAAGCUAUGGGGCACCAAAUUGUUACCAGGCUCCUAGACAGCUGGUGGGCUUACCGGAGAACACUGUGAUGCUUGAUGAAAUGACACUUAGGCACAUGGUCCAAGACUGUACAGCUGUGAAAACUCAGUUACUGAAAUUGAAAAGAUUACUACACCAGAAUGAUGAGAAUGUGUCACUCCAGGACAUCACACUCUCAAUUCCAUCCAGUCCAGAACCACAAGAACCUGAGUCAACUUACACUAAGACAGAAGAUUUGGUGAAUGAGAUCAGGAAGCUUAAAGAUGAACUGAAGAAAAAGGAUGAAACAAUCAACCAAUUAGAGCAUCAACUUGCCACUAGAUGUAACUGCCAGAGAGACAACCAUAAACCUUCAGGGGCAACGUCUGUGUGCGCUGAUAAAUUUACGCAAACCUCCUGGAGAAGGAGUUCUGGUGGGUAUUCUGCUCCCUCCUUCUCUCCCUGGCAGGGCUCAUUCCAGGGCAUCCCUCGGACUGUUCCACCGCACCGCAGACAGACCUCAAGUACUACAGCCUUCCAGCAGCCUUCCCAGUUCCACAGACCUCGCCCAGGGAAAACUAGUAAAAAUGCCACAUAUCGAGGCCCACAGUGAAUAUUCUAAAUAUGGUGUGCAUGAAAAUGGCAAUCAUGAGAAUCAAAAUGCUGCAAAUGUGUCUCUUACAAAUAGCCUGAAUGAUGUAAACACUUCAAUGAACAUACAAUUACACAUAAAAGAUGAGAGUACAUCGUAUUUAGAAAAUGUGAAAAAUAAAAAUACUGAAGACCCUGGAGAUGUGGCUAGUAAUAAGGAAGGGACGUUACCAUCUCGUUAUUGUUUUCAGACCUCUGCACGAGAUGAUGCUAGAGAGGUGCAGACUGAGUUAGCUGUGAAAGGUCAACCCUCAUUCACAUACCAGGCUUCUCGGCCAAAGACUUUAAGAAUUGCAAAGCCCCCAAAUGCUUUAGUGCCUCCUACAGCGGCCGUACUCACACGAUCUGCAAAUCAUUCCGCUGCUUCCAAGGAACCUGAGCUUCUACCAUCAAGUAGUUCGACUCAGCUACAGCCAACAUCUGGUCCGGAUGACCUAAAGGGUAAACAGAGUCAGAAAGUGUCCAAACUUCGCCCACCAACUAUGUCCUUUGUUAAAUCUAAGCAAACGAGCAGCCCGAAAUCCACGCCAGUGUCUCAAGAGCAUCAAAACACCUGUUUGAAGACUAACAUCCCGAAGCCACCAGUACAGAGAAAGGAAAAUGUGCAAACACUGAAUACCGUUUUGCAUUCUGGGGACAGUUUGCCCUCUAAUCGGUAUUCCCGCCUCCCUAAACCAAAGACACAUUGAGAACAUACCUACAUCUCAUUGAAUGAUAUCACAUGUUAAAUUACUUCCUGUAUAUCGACUGCCAUUGAGGUUGCUUUAUCUACAGCCUACAAAUCCUGAGUGAAUAGCAAAAAGAGCAUCUUCCUUUAGUGUUUGCAUAUGCCAUUCUGUUAUGUUCUGAAGAUGAUGUUAUGAGCAGUGCAGCAGUUCCUGAAUGUUAAAUUAAAUUGUAAUUCUGUAUUAACGAUUGUAUUGCACAGUGAUCUUAAUCAAGUACUGAAGUCCAGUGACCAUGAAUACCAGAGUGCUGUACUGUGUAUCCAGGAAGGCAGAAAUCAUUUCUUACCUCUGUUAACUUGAUUAAUUAGCUAAUGAAAUUACUAUUCGGUUUAACUUCUUGGUUCUGAGUACUCGUUAGGCUGGAGUGGUAGAAAAUUAGACUUAUUAGUGGAUGUUUUAUUGGCCAUAAUUCUGACUCUGUAUUCCAGAGGCCUAUGCAAAAAUCCUUGUAUUUAUCAUUAUCUCAAGACUGACAUAUUUAAUGUUAUUUAAUCUGACGGGUUGGGUGGUUUGUGUUGUUUUGUUUUGCUGUAAUAUGAAGUUGCUCUGUUCUUUAUUUAUCUCAUUUUCACUCUUCACAGACAGUAAGCAGAUUUCACAGGGUGAAACGGAUCUUCUCUCUUAAACAUCAUCAUUUAUUAAGAUAUUGUGGUAUGUUUUUAUUGUGUUCAAUAGACACGUUACUGGGUAGAUUGUUGAAAUGCAGUGCUAGGGAUACUUGUGCAAAACCUUAUACAGGCUCUUAUGAAUUGGUAAGUAAGGAGCCUCUGGGAAUAAGGGGUCCAUAACACCUAUGUUGAGGUUGCACAACAUGCAUUUUAAUUAAUAUAUUUUAACUCUUAUUGUACUACUUGUAUUUAUUGAUUUCUGUUUAAUAUUGGAAGACUCUGAAGUACCUGACUUGAAAUGUUUGCACAAACUUUGCCAUAUGGGUAAGGAUUUGAAGCUAUUUUACAUAAUAAAACUUGUAUUAAAAAAACAACUAUUUUUAAAUAAUGAUAAUAAUGAAUUAACCCCACUUACUUGCUUUGAGCAAUCCUAUUAUGUCCUAAUCCAGAGCUGGUACUCUAAGAGUUUUUCAGAGAUGUGUAUUUUGUUUUGGGAGUUUUUUGUAAAUUUUUUUGUAAUUUCUGAAGAAAUGCAUGAUAACUGGGAAGCAGCAUUUUGGGGAAAUAAAACAACAACAACAAAAAACAUUCUUCUGCUCUCUAGGAGAAGUUUUUUUUUUUCCUGAAAGUGGUCUGGAAAGUACCCAUUGUGGUGCAACUAUGGGAACGUAAUACAUGAGCUGUGAGUUGAAUAUAUGCAUAUCCAUUGAAGAGUUCUGAAAACCUAAUGUUAUGUCCCAUCUCCUAUUCUUCCCUUCUUUCCCAUCGCUGAAUCUUAGAUGUUACUGCUAUUUUUUCUACUCUUGAAUUGAUUUUUAAAGUGAGCAGCUGAAGGCUGUUACAAUUUUUUCACUCAAAAUCUGUUCCUGUACAGCAUAUAAUGACAAAAAAAUGAAAUAUAGUAAUAGUUUGUUCUAGUCUUUGCCUACAGGACAUUGACAUAUUACAGUAUUUUCUUUGAGAAAAUAAAGCAUAUGGGUAUAGACAUUUCAUGAAUAUUUUCCAUAAUCAGUUUCUCUAAUAUAAGCCCUUUGACUAGGGAUAUCCUGAUGGAUACCUUAGUCAAAUGGGUGAAGGAUAAAAUCAUAUGACUUGAAUUUCUCAGUACUUAAUGUCUAAGAAAGGUUUGGAUUUGUCAUGCUGUCAAUUCUUUUAACUGACAAUGAAGUAGAAAAAUGAGAAGCUCAGGGGGAAAGGGUAGGGGAGGGUUUCUAUUUCAGAACUGCUGAUAAGAAUCUGAAAUAAGAGACCUGUGGGACUUUCUGUUAAUUGAGGGGGCUGGGGUGAAGAGAAUGUAACCAGGAAGUAACAAGAGGAACGUUAACUGUUGUAUUUAUUUUGACUUUAUAUUAACUGUAAGUCAAGACUGAUGUUACAUAUACUCUCCAGAAAAUUUACCUUUUCUUGCAAAGCAUUGAAAUAGAUGGCCUUCAAUGUAAACACGUGCUUUUGAUAACAAAAUAAAAAUCUUUUUUUUUAAAUAUUCCCCAAAAUUAGCUUCUGGCAGCUAACUGUGUUUCUCAAGAGUUUAAAAACUGCAGAGGGAACGAUCGGAUUCCUGAUUCGUUUUCUGGUCCAUAUAGACUUCCAUGGAAGGUUGUUUUCUUUCAAGUUUACUUUCCUUUAAGAGAAUUGAUUUUAUUUUUGGUUGUACAUGAUUUUGUUUAAAAAGAUUAUUUUCACUUAAUGCUAUUGACAGAUAUUUCACCAUGAGUUCUGUUGCUUCUUACUCUGAAACUGUCACCAGUCUGAUUUAGUAGUGUUAAAAUUUUUAAGGUUUACAAUUAAAAGUAUAGAUAUCUAUCGAUCUGCACCUUUACUGAAAAUUAAGGAAUGAAGCGAAGAGAUGAUCAGUGUUUUCAUAAAACAGAAGAUGGUUCGUAUUUUUUUCAGAAGAACAAAAAUAUACUCUGUUUUCCCUGUUAAAGGAGCAUAACUAGAUUAUAUUCUUUGAUGUGAAUAUAUUGCAUUUCCCCAUUUUGUUCUGACAGAUUAGUAAGAUUGAGCUGGAGAAAUCAGGAUUUGAUAACGGAUGAGACGGAUACUAGUCUGAAUUGUUCGUAUUCAGCUGCUGAUCUCACAUAUCUUUAAAGACAACUGCGUAUUUUGGCUCUUCUGAUUUAUCCAGGGAAAGCUCUGUUGCAUGUAUAGUAAGUCCAGAGUACGAGCAAAGCCUGUCAGCAGAUGGGCAACUGGGAAGAGUAGCAGUGAAGUUUGAAGCCUUGCUUCAGUGAAGGAUGGGUUGGGAGGAAAUGGGUAAGAGGGUGUUGUGUAGAGCUUGUCAAGUGGGAUUAAGUAAGUAUUUUCAGGUAAUUUAUCUACUUUAUGGAAGUUGCAGAUGUAUUAUCAGUAUGUGUGCAGAUUAUCCUCAAUGCAUAAAUCAAAGGAUUUGAUAUCUUUCAAUUUUUGUUUUUAGAUUUCUAAAACUGGUUUAUUGCAAUUUUUGAUGUCUUACUCUUUUGUGCAAUAUUCACAAAAGUAUUAAACUACUGUUCAGUAUGUGUGUACAGAGGCAAUUACAUGUUUUAACAAGUGAAUAAACACAAGAAAAAAAACAGAAUUGCACUUUAAAUGAGCUUUAUUGCUUGGAGCUGUGCCUAAAAUAAUCUAGAUGCCUCCUGCUGUGUGGCUUUUGUUUGAAAUUUCCCUGCUAGUGUUGCUGUUUCCAAGAUAUCUUCACAUCACCUUCACAUCAUUGCUAUGCACUCUAGCAUGUUUAAAAAUACUCAUGUAGUGUACUGAAUUUUUGUUGUGCAAUAACUUUAAUUUUACUGUGGAAUUUCACUCUGCUGUAGCCAGAUCAUUACCUUCCCUGAAGCUAGUGCUUCAUGUUGCCAGUCAAGGCCAAUAGCAAAACUUUCCUAGGAGUAGCAUAGCCCUUAAAUCAUAAUGGUCUCAGCAUAUAUUUUUGAAAAAGUGCAAAUAAAAAAAUAAUCACAAAGGCCCUGAAAAUCCAAAACCACAAUGAAUUUUUCAUAUAGUUCUGGAAAAAAGUGGUCUCCUUAGUCUCUGCUACGAGGUUAGAAGUUAGACAUAGCAACUAGACUGCAUUAUAGGUCAGUAAAAUUUAUUUUGACCUUGAUCUAAAAUUUCAUCCUUGAUCUAAAUGCUUAUUUGCUGUAACAAUGCUAGAAAACUGAAUACCGUCUGCGUGAUUUGGUUUGUUUGCAUGUCACAACCAUACGCACAUUUGAACUGUCAUACUUGGGUAGGUUGCAUGUUGGGGGGGGGAGGGGGGGAGGGGGGGAAGUGUUUCUGUUUUUGCACAGCACAUAAUCCUCUUAAUGUGGACAUUUUCUUGCCAUUCAAAUGGAAUUCUGUUCUUGAAUUGGGCUUCCAUAGCUAUUCCUUAUCUUGUUAUAGUGGCUUUUUUCUGAGCAGAGUGGAUUUAAUACGGUUCUGGUGGUAGGCCUCAGUAUAGUCAUCUUCCAACUAUGCUAUCGAGGAAAUUCAGUCACUGUUGUGGUAAAGCUGCUCACUGCCUAUUUAACUGUAAAAGCACCACAAUAAAAACAAUAUAAUGCCAGUGUCAGUGAAAUCUUAAAUUCAGUACUAGCUAAAACAAGAGGUACCCUUACUAUAUCUGCUUUGUUGAUUUUGUUUUUUUAAACCCAGACCAGAGUAAAUACUGUAUAUUGGAAUUUGCUUGUAAAGUUGAUUUAAAACCUGUAUGUAAAAAUUAUUUCCUCAAUGUUGCUCUAGUGAAUAAAAAUAAAAGUCAUAAUUCUAAUCA